UGUCCCACCUGCUACCAUGGAAGCCAGAGGCUUGCUGGCCUUCAAUGAUGACCGGAGAUGCCUGUCUGGGAGCCUACCUGUGCCAGUGCCCGCUGAGGGCCCAGCUGCAGAGGCUGCCUCUGGGUCCAGCAAGCCAUUCUCCUCAGCCCACAGACACCUGAGCAGGAAGAACGGGCUUUCUAAGCUCUGCCAGAGCAGAAUAGCGCUUUCUGAAGACAGAUGGAGCUCCUACUGCCUCUCAUCACUCGCUGCCCAGAACAUCUGCACGAGCAAGCUGCGCUGCCCUAUGGCGCCUGAGCUCGUGGAUGCCGCUGGGUCCCUAGGCAGUGCGUCCUGCUGCUCCCUGCUGCGUGGCUUGUCUGCCGGGGGCACUGCACCCCCGUUCCCAGCCCCCGUGUGCAACCCUAACAAGGCUGUCUUCACUGUGGAUGCCAAGACCACAGAGAUCCUGGUUGCUAAUGACAAAGCUUGCAGUCUCCUGGGGUACAGCAGCCAGGACCUGAUUGGCCAAAAGCUGGCACAGUUCUUCCUGAAGUCGGACUCCGCUGUGGUGGAAGCCCUCAGCCAGGAGCAUGUGGAGGCGGACGGCCACGCCGCCGUAGUGUUCAGCACAGUGGUGGACAUCGUCAGCCGCAGUGGGGAGAAGGUUCCCGUCUCUGUGUGGAUGAAGAGAGUGCGGCAGGAGCGGGGCCUGUGCUGUGUGGUAGUCCUGGAGCCUGUGGAGAGGGUCUCUGCCUGGGUCGCCUUCCAGAGUGACGGAACCAUCACGGCCUGUGACAGCCUCUUCGCUCAUCUCCAUGGGUUUGCCUCGGGGGAGGAUGUGGUUGGACAGCAUCUCACAGACCUCAUUCCAUCUGUGCAGCUCCCUCCUCCUGGCCAGCCUGUGCCAAAGAGUCUCAAGAUCCAGAGGUCUGUUGGCAGAGCCAGGGACGGCACYACCUUCCCUCUGAGCCUAAAGCUGAAGGCCAAGCCCAGUGGCCAGGAGGUGGCCAGCAGCAAGGAGGCCCCCGAGCUGGACUACUGGGCAUCAGUCUGGGUGUUCUGCACCAUCAGUGGGCUUGUGACCCUUCUGCCGGAUGGCACCAUCUAUGGCAUCAACCACAGCUUUGCGCUGACGCUGUUUGGUUAUGGACGGACAGAGCUCCUGGGCAAGAAUAUCACUUUCCUGAUUCCUGGUUUCUACCACUACAUGGACCUUGCCUGUGACAGUUCCUCACCGCUGCCAGACCUGGCCGRCUGCCUGGACAUCCACAGUGAGAGCAGGCCUGGCCAGAUGAGCUGGGACCCAGGCAGUGGAGCCCAGGAUCUGAAGGUGAACGUGGUACGUGCCAGAGACUGCCUGCUGCCACAAGAUGAGACCCUGAAGMUGGCAAGAAGCCAAGACAUCUCCCCUGCUCAGACACAGCAGGACGUAGGAGCCUGGCUCCCUUCCUCCUCGUUGGAGCCCUCGCUGGGGGACCAGCAAAGUGUCCCCAAGGAAAAUCCUUCAGCCUAUGGGGAACAGUUGUCACCUAUGGACCAGCAAAGUGUCACUGAGGGAAGCCCUCUAGCCUAUGGGGAACAGUUGUCACCUAUGGACCAGCAAAGUGUCACUGAGGGAAGCCCUCUAGCCCAUGGGGAACAGUUGUCACCUAUGGACCAGCAAAGUGUCACUGAGGGAAGCCCUCCAGCCCAUGGGGAACAGUCGUCACCUAUGGAUCAGCAAAAUGUCACUGAGGGAAGCCCACCAGCCCAUGGGGAACAGUUGUCAUCUAUGGACCAGCAAAGUGUCCCCGAGGGAAGCCCUCUAGCCCAUGGGGAACAGUUGUCAUCUGUGGACCAACAAAGUGUCCUCGAGGGAAGCCCUCUAGCCCAUGGGGAACAGUUGUCAUCUAUGGACCAGCAAAGUGUCCCCGAGGGAAGCCCUCCAGCCCAUGGGGAACAGUCGUCGUCUGUGGACCAACAAAGUGUCCCCGAGGGAAGCCCUCCAGCCCAUGGNCCCGAGGGAAGCCCUCCAGCCCAUGGGGAACAGUCGUCGUCUGUGGACCAACAAAGUGUCCCCGAGGGAAGCCCUCCAGCCCAUGGGGAACAGUCACCGCCUGAGAACCAGCAGAGUACCUCAGAAGAAAGCUCUGUGACCAGUGGUGAGUCUUCGUUGCUCCAGGACCAGCAAGAUGCCCCAGAAGGGAGCCCACCAGCCCAGGAUGACCAGUCACCGUCCACAGACCAGGAACCUGCUGCCUUGGGGAAGGAGGAGCCUGCAGCAACAGAGGACCCCAGGCAGGGUCUCCUGGGAGAAAGCAGGUCUGAACCAGUGGAUACAAAAUCCUGGGCUUCGUGUGAGGGUUCUGAGCCUCCAGGCCCUGCUGAGGACAGGGACAGUGGCCUGCAUCUGGAGGCCCAGCAGGAGCUGAUUGGUGUCCUCAGCCCUAGCCCUUGGACUGAUCCUGCCAGACUCCAGCCCCAAACUGCAGGACAGCUGGCAACGGGGGGCCUCCUGAUGCACUGCCCUCUCUAUAGUAGCAAGUGGGCCCUACAGCAGCUGGCUCCCAGCCCCUCAGGGAGGGCAAGUAUCUCCUUGGGGACACCCACUCUGGAUGAGCCUUGGCUGGGGGCACAGGACAACCGAGAGGAGCUGCAGACUUGCUUGACAAAGGAGAGGCUGUCUAAGCUGAGCUGCACAGGGCCUCUGGGCCUCUCCUGCCAUGAGCAGGUCCCAGCAGAGCACCCACCCUCCGCCCCCAUGUCYUUCUGCGAUCUUGGAGGCAGAGACCUUCACAGCAGCCACUUGGGCAGCUCCUCGGCCUGCUAUGCCUUGGCCACUGACCUUCCUGGUGUCCUCGAGGUGUUGGAGGCCCAGGAGGCCCAGGAGGCUGAUGUGAAUUCUUAUUCCUGGAACCUAAAGGAGCUCUUCCUCAGCGACUUGGCAGAACGAGCUUCGUCCAGCUGCUCCUGUGCCACACCUGAACUCAGUGAGACACCCUCUCCUGUGGUGGUGGGCUCUGAUGAGGAGGUGGGCCAUCUCCAUAGGCAGAGACCAGAUAUCCUGGGGGACAGGGAACUGUUGCUAUUGGCUGGCACCUACUUUGACCCUGGUGAUGGCCUGCAGUUCCAGGAAAGCCGUCUAGGGCACGAUCAGACAGAACCCUCUGAGAUUUGUUUGGUGUCCCCUGAACAUCACAAAGCACAUGACAUGGAGAGCCCGGACUACAUCCUUCCCACGCUGGAUGUGAGCCCUGAGCAUACGUGCCCGUCAGCAGAGGACCCAAGGCUAAGCGCUCAGGUCACUUCCACACCUGUGGCACCCAGGGCUACCAGCCUGCAGCAGCACAUCCAGGAGGGCACCUACUCUGGGAGUUGCUACCACCGAGAUGGACUGCGGCUGAGUAUACAGUUUGAAGUGAGACGCGUGGAGCUCCAGGGCUCUGCCACCCUCUUCUGCUGCUGGCUGGUGAAGAACGUCUUGCAGAGCCACCGCAACUCGGCCACCAGGACCCGCCUGCUCCUCGCCAGCCUGCCCAGCUCCAGCCACUCCAUGAGCGAGCUCCCUGGGCCCAGCCUCGGGGAGAUGCUCAGAGCCAAGCCCUGGUUUGAGGAGAGCCCCACACCCGUGGAGCUGGCCGAGCUGGCCGCCUGUGAGGGGGAGUACUCCCACAAGUACAGCACCCUCAGCCCGAUUGGAAGCGGGGCCUUUGGGUUUGUCUGGACCGCAGUGGAUAAGGCGCAAAACAAGGAGGUGGUGGUGAAGUUCAUUAAGAAGGAGAAGAUUUUGGAAGACUGUUGGGUGGAGGACCCCAAACUUGGAAAAGUCUCUCUGGAGAUCGCGAUUCUCUCCAGAGUGGAGCAUGCCAACAUCAUCAAGGUGCUGGACGUGUUUGAGAACCAGGGCUUCUUCCAGCUGGUGAUGGAGAAGCAUGGCUCUGGCCUGGACCUCUUUGCUUUCAUUGACUGUCACCCUAGCCUGGAUGAGCCYCUGGCAAGCUACAUCUUCCGGCAGGGACUGGACUCCCAGGAGUGGGAUUCUGCGGUGCUUGCCCUCCUACUGCUGGCUUYUCUGGCUCAGAAUCAGGUCCUCAAGGUUCCUCACGUGGCCGCUGGGGCACGGUCUYCCUUUUGUGGGCUGGUACCAGCUGCUGUGGGUGCUUGCUGCUGCCGCCACCUGGCUACUGUGAACCCUGUGGCUGUGAGCGACUACAGAGGUCCGGAGCUGGAGAUGUGGUCUCUGGGGGUCACACUGUACACACUCAUCUUCGAGGAGAAUCCCUUCUGUGAAGUGGAGGAGACCAUGGAGGCAGCUAUCCACCCCCCACGCCCUGUUUCCAAGGCACUCAUGAGCCUUGUGUCUGGGCUGUUGCAGCCUGCCCCUGAGCAGCGCACCACUCUGGAGAAGCUGGUGAYGGAUCCGUGGGUAACACAGCCUGUGAAUCUGGCUGCUUACACCUGGGAAGAGGUGUGUCGAAUAAGCCAGCCAGAGAGCAGCCUCCUGUCCACUGCAAGUUUGGAGCUGGGCAACAGGAGCCUGAGCGACGUGCCUCGGGCUCGGGGGCUCUGCAGGCUUCCUGCCCCCAGCGAGUCCCCCAGUGGCCAGUGCUGCUUGUGUCCUGAGGACCCCUCCCCACCAGUGGGCUGAACACACACACCUCCUGCUGCUCUUCUUCACUCAGGUUGGAGGAUCAUAGAUUUCAGGUCCUGUCUACUUAAAGUAAAUUCUCAAGAAUGAAGCCCCAUUUACCUUCUAAAAGCCCACAUACAACUGGACAAGUGCCACAA